UACGGAAGGUGACUCACAGAGCCAUGAGAGGACAGUAGAGUCCUUACACAUGUAGAUACUGCUUGACAGAACCCCAGGCACCUCCACCUUAAGAGGACCUGCGAAGUCAGUGUGGCACAACGCUUCCUUCCUCCAGCGUAGCGGGCAGAUCAGGCAGGUCCAGGUGGCAAUCAGCCCAGGGACUCCGCAAGAGCUUCUGUGUCCUGGUUCAUCUUACCAAAGGACGCCAUCUUCUUUUAUUGUUCAAGAAAGAAGCAUCCCUGUCACACACAGGGAAAAAAAAAUGCUCUUUUGGUUGUUAGCCCUACUGAUCUUUUUUGGUUUUCUAUGGAAUUAUAAAAGACAGCUAAAGAUUGCAGACAUCACUGAUAAAUAUAUUUUCAUCACUGGGUGUGACACUGGCUUUGGAAACUUGGCAGCCAGAACUUUCGAUAAAAAGGGAUUUCAUGUAAUUGCUGCCUGUCUGACUGAAUCAGGAUCAACAGCUUUAAAGGCGGAAACCUCAGAGAGGCUUCAUACUGUGCUUCUGGAUGUAACUGACCCAGAAAAUGUCAAGAGGACUGCCCAGUGGGUGAAAAACCAAGUUGGGGAGAAAGGUCUCUGGGGUCUGAUCAACAACGCUGGCAUCCUCGGCGUGCUGGCACCCACUGACUGGCUGACAGUGGAAGACUACAGAGAACCUAUUGAAGUGAAUCUGUUUGGACUCAUCAAUGUGACAUUAAAUAUGCUUCCCUUGGUCAAAAAAGCUCGGGGAAGGGUUAUCAAUGUCUCCAGCAUUGGGGGUCGGCUUGCAUUCGGUGGAGGGGGCUAUGCUCCAUCCAAAUAUGCAGUAGAAGGCUUCAAUGACAGCUUAAGGCGGGACAUGAAAGUGUUUGGUGUACACGUCGCAUGCAUCGAACCAGGAUUGUUCAAAACAGGUUUGGCAGACCCAGUAAAGACGGCUGAAAAAAAACUCGCCAUUUGGAAUCAUCUGUCUCCAGACAUCAGACAACAAUAUGGAGAAGGUUACAUUGAAAAAUGUCUAAGCAAACUGAAGGGCUCUAAAUCCUUUAUGAAUGUGGACUUGUCCCUGGUGGUGGAGUGCAUGGACCACGCUCUCACAAGUCUCUUCCCUAAAACCCGUUAUGCUGCUGGAAAAGAUGCCAAAACUUUCUGGAUACCUCUGUCUCACAUGCCAGCAGUUUUGCAAGACUUUUUACUGUUGAAACAGAAAGUAGAGCUGGCUAAUCCCAGGGCAGUGUGACUCAGCUGACCACAAAUGCCUGCCCCAGGCUGUGGGGUUGGCUGAUUUCAAAGACACAACUCCUUCUCCAUCUCAUUCUUUACCUAAUCCAACCUGGAUGCAUUUAGACCAUGCUUCUUUUGCUAAAAGAAGGGAUCCCCCCGUCACUAGUGAUAUCCCAAGGUCCCUUCUCAAGCUUUGUUUUGAAAAGAUGGGCAGGGAUGGCACUCGCCCAGUAUUUAGGCUUUGCCGCUUGGUGUGAUGUGAAGGAAAUGGGGAAGCUUUCCCAUCCAAAACCAGGAGUGCCCUGGUGGCACAGCAGCAGGUAAGGUAUCCGGCAUUGUCACUGCUAUGGCUCAGGUCGCUGCUGUGGUAUGGGUUUAGUCUGGACCCAGGAACUCCUGCAUGCCAUGGGCGCUGCCAAAAAAUAAAAACAAAAAUAAAAAUGAACAAAAAAUAUCUCCACCACUGCCUGCCCCAGGCUUCUAGGUUCCCACCACAAGAGCAACUCCUAAAUGUUAAGUAUUUGUCCCUUAUUAAAAUAUUAAGAGAUAAGUAGAAUACUUUAA